CCGUGCAAACAAAACUACCAUAUACUUCCAAUCGAUCUGGGGUUUUGUAAUUCCAUUUCUUAAGACAUGCGGUACAUUUGCAGGACCUGCUCGCGAAUGGCCGAUCCUGCGGAGGCCAAGAACCUCUUCGAUCCAUCGAGUUCUUCCGUUUUGCGACAAAUCGAGACGCUGACCAGUUUGCAGCUGAAAGAGGACGACAAGCUGCCCAGGUUCAUGUGCCAGGAGUGCCAGCACGACCUGCAGAUUGCCAUUGACUUUCGCCGGGUUUGCAUCGAGGCCCAGGAGCUCCUCGAACUCCAGCUGCGGCAGGUGGAGAAGGAGGAGGAGGCCUUCGAGAGCCUGGCGGAGCAGUGGCUGGACGACUGUCCGCAGGACUUGUCGCCCUUGCUGAAGGAUGAAUACGCUCUGGAUCCGGAGCCGCAUGAGGGGGAUAUUGAGGAAAUAGAGCGGCUGGCUAAAGCUGAAUUCAAGGAUGAAUUCCAGCCACAGGAUAGUCCACUUAUUGUCCCGGAAUUCGCCACGGAAAGCCAGUUGUCGGAGGAGAACUUCGAUCUACUGAUCUCACCGCAGCCGGACCCUCCGAGUCCCCAGGGAAGUGAAGACAUCGAUAAUCCCGACUCCUCCAGUCACACCUGCAGCAAAUGUGGCCUUGAGUUCGACAAUGUGGAGGAGCUGACGCUGCACAAGUAUCAUCUGCACGACGUACCACCAGAUACCAAAUUCGUUUGCGACCACUGCAGCGAGGGCUUCCGAUCGGCCGCCGCCCUUACGCGGCACUGCAACAUGCUUGAUCUUCCAAAGACGCACCCGUGCACCAAGUGCAACAGCAAAUUCCAUAACCAGAUCCUGCUGGAGACCCACGAGGAGCGAUGUCACAAGCCGCCGGACGCCCAACAUGUGUGCCAUAUAUGCGGCAAGCGGCUGACGACGGCCUUUAACCUGAAGAACCAUCUGGUUCGUCACGCAGGAACGCGACCCCACAAAUGUGACCAGUGCGACUCCUCCUUCGCCGCCGCCGCGGAACUCAGUUCGCAUCGGAAAACCCACACAACUGAGCGCCCGUACGCCUGUCGCUAUGACUGCGGGAAAACCUUCCGCUUCUGCAGCGCCCGCAGCAUGCACGAGAGAGUUCACAUGGAUGCCAGCAAACGAAUCUACCAGUGCGAAUAUUGCCCCAAGUCCUAUGUGACUCCAAGCGACUGCCGAGCCCACCAAAAGUAUCACAACCUGGGUCGCGAUCACAAGUGUGACAUCUGCCGCAUCAGUUUCAAGACAGUCAAGCACUAUAAAUCUCAUUUAAAGUCAAACGCACACAAGACUCUGGAAGCGCGUGCUAAGGCUACCAAGUCCUGAAUCCCAACAUUCCCAUCAUGAAAGCUAUUCCUCGAAUUGAAAUUAUUAUCGUCUGCCGCAUUUUAAUUAUAUAUAUGUACCUUAAAGAUAUUAAAUAAAGCUUCCGUUCCGUAA